AUGGUCUGCAUGGCCUUGAGCCACCGAAUGAACCGGACCAGGGAUGAACCCGGGAAUAAUGCUUUGGCGGUUCCCUUUUAUCGGUACCGGGCCGUUGCACUCCGCUCGCUUAACGCGGAAAUUGAUGAUGAACAUAAGCGUACAUCGGAUACCAUUGUCGCUGGUAUAAUAACGCUUUUGCUCACGGAUUACGUGAUGGCAGUCAAGCCCGUUUUAACCUGGCAUAAGAAAGGAACUUACGCCAUUCAAAGCAUUGCUGCUAUCGGUAACACAACGUCCCCUGCGUCACAGCUCUCCAUGACUAGUUCACACCUCGACGAACUUGACUUUCUGCGCCUACACAGCGACUACAGUCUACCACUAUUACAAAUGUGCCCUCCCGCACUUUUCGGCGAGGUAGUUAAGAUUAACCACCUUCGGACGCUAGGGGUGCUAGCCCAGACUCAUGGGCCCAGCAGCACAGAGAACCUCUGUCAGGAGGCAUACGGAAUUUUGAGCCGUGUCUGCGACUUCUCAUCAGAGAAAUGGGCAGAUUCAAAGCUAUCAUCAACGGAAGACUGGAUCCUUUUAGGGAACGUAUACCGGGCUGCUGUAUCAAUAUAUUGCAUCUCCUCGCUACAAAGCCUUGCGGUUCUGCCCUCAACCAUCGCCCUGGAAGCCCAGUAUGCUGCACUCGCCCAGCUUCUGCAUCUGCUUCUUAAGGAGUCACUGUUAUCUCCGAGAUUGAAAUCGUUCAUGCUUUGGCCGCUUGUAGUGCUUGGCGUAGAAUCUGUACGUGGUGGUGUGGUUAUGCGUGCUUUUGUCAAGGAACAGCUGGUAGAGAUGAGCCGCCAUGCUGGUACAUAUGUGCCACUGACAGCAAAAGGUGUUCUUGAAACGUUUUGGGCUUCUGGUAACACAUCUUGGGAUUCUUGCUUUGAUAAGCCGUAUGCAUUUACGACGCGGAUCGCCGUGGAUAUGAGCCGAAUACUGCUACGGUGA